AUGAAACGUUUGAGGAAGCCGGGUGAACACCAGGAAUCAACCAGUUUUUCCACCACUUCAAAUGAUGGCCAUGUUGAAGUAGAAUCAACUUUAUACCAUUCUUUAGGAGUAGAAUGUGUUCAAGAAGAUGAUAGUAUGAAGGCUUCUUACAGUACGGACAGUUCCUUAAAUCUUUAUGACCAGUACAAAUGUGUAGCUGAUUCUGCUUCGUCAUCUUUUACUACGCCUUCUAAAAAAUUAACUACAUCAACCUCGAAAAGCGGGUUAGAACCUACUACAAUAUGCUCCAAAUGUUACAGUAGAAAAAAUAAAGAAAACAGAACAUUUACGACUUUUUCUGAAAACCCUAGACAUUCUAAAGACUCAGAAUUGACACAUCAUGACUACAGAAAUCACCGUGAAAUUUAUGAAAACACAAAAAAUCAUCGGCAAGACCAAGAUGGCUAUACAGAUGCAGAAUACGAUGAAAGUGAUUCAUCCCAGUACGAAGACUACGAAGAAAAUAAACAAGAAGACUAUGAAGAUGAUGACAAAACGACAUAUCUGAACAUUUCAAUGUGGAAUGUAGUCAAAUUCCCGAAUCAUAUGAGAUUCAUACGCCUUCUCACCUGCCUUCUCAUGGUGUGCUACACGUUAAACUACGGGUGCGCUCAACAAAUCUCAAAUCCGUUUUUGGCCGACGACGAAACUCCGAAUACUACUUACAUAUCACAGGUACUGUAACUUGCACCUUACUGUUAAAAAUCAAAAAAAUUUUUGCACUUAUAAGCCUAAAAUGAUUUUUAAGCCUAAACUGAGGUUUAAGCCUACAAGUAAUUUUUAAGCUCAAAUAUGAUUCUUUAAGCCUAAAAAUGAUUUUUAAGCUUAAAUAUGAGUUUUUAAGCCUAAAUAUGAUUUUUAAGCCUAAAAAUUAUUCUUUAAGCUAAAAAUGAUUUUUUAUAAGCCUAAAAUCCUCCUUAAGCCUAAAAUGAUUUUUAAGCCUAAACUAAUUUUUUAAAACCCUAUUUUUUCAAAAAAAUCUAAAUUCACGCCAUUUCAGGUUCUAAACAGGCUGGUAGACAAAUCCAAAUAUGAUAAGCGCUUAAGGCCCACCUAUGGUGGUGGACCAGUUAUGGUAGGCAUAACUCUUCAUGUCUCUUCAAUUAGUGCAGUUUCUGAAGUUGACAUGGACUUUACCAUAGAUUUUUACUUACGGUAAGUUUUUGUUGCUUUCUGACCCGAUUUUAAAAUGAAAACUAAGAUAUAUAACAAUAUAAAACAAAUGAAAAACAUCUAAAAUAAGGUAAAACGUCCAUGAACACGUUAAGCAACAUUAUUAGAUCUAACACUCAAAAUAAAUUAUCUAAAAUGUUACUUAAAACAAGUAAAAACAUUCAAUACUCUCUUACACAUCUAUCUCUUCUGCUCACUCUGAACUCCUGAACCAGCCAAGCUUUUCGAUUGUUACCCAAAAACCGAUCUAAAACAAUUUCAACAUGCCCAGUUAUUGAAAUAAUGCUUCGAAAUCGACGAAGAGAUCCCAUUUUGUUCAAAUAAGUUACUUUUUAUCUAAAACAGCAAAAAUAUCAUAUAAAACACUUACAAAUCCACUUCUGAUCAUAUUUUAGCUAUUCCUCCGACUUUUGACCUUGUUUUAGAGCUUCUUCAUCCAAAUCGGAUAGUAUUUUAGCUUGUACCGUUGAUUACUCUUCAUUCUAGCUCAAAAACCAGCCCAAAUUCACACCUAAAACAAGAAAAAUAACAUGAAAACACUUACAACACCAAUUCCGUUUUUAUCUUAGCCUUUCUACAUCUUCUGAUCUCUUUUCCACGUUUCUUCUCCAACUUCUGACCUUAUUUUAACCUGAAAUUUUGAUUAUUCUCCUCUUUAGCUUACUUGCCAAACUUCACACCUAAAACAACAGAAACACAAAGAAAACACUUACCAACACCUUUCUGAUCUUAUUCUAGCCAUUUUUCUUCGUCUUCUGACAUCAUUUUUGCUUGAAUCACUCAAACCUUCUUGAAAUCCUUUUGAAAAUUCUAGAGAAUUCUUGGCCGAAAUUGAAACGAAAUGCCAAAUAAAAUUUGAAUUUAUAUUGUUUUAGGUUUAAAAUGCAGUUUCUGAGAGAUGAAAUGACAUUUUUAAAAGUUUUUAAUACCUAAAAUAGCCUUUUUAAUAUUUUUUGAUACCCAAAACAGUCUAAAAAGGUUUUAAUAAUCCAAUUUCAGACAAACCUGGCAAGACCCUCGGCUAGCCUUCGGCAAACUGGACCUCGGAUUUCAGAAGAUCAAAUCCUUAACAGUCGGUGUGGAAUACCUGGACCGUCUUUGGAAGCCGGAUACUUUCUUUCCGAAUGAGAAAAAAUCCUUCUUCCAUACCUCCACCUCUCACAAUUCCUUUUUGCGAAUCGAUCCGGAUGGUCGAGUACUACUGAGUCAGCGGCUCACUGUUACCGCGACAUGCCCGAUGAAGCUGAAGCUGUUUCCCAUGGAUACGCAGGAAUGUAAGCUGGAGAUUGAGAGUUAUGGCUACACGACCGCUGAUAUUGAGUUACAUUGGGGUAAGAUCAAAGGAGAAGAGCCGGCAAUAAAGGCGGUGGCUUUUGAUUCGUUUGGACUGCCACAGUUUCAUCGGACUGGGUACAGAGUGAAUGUUACCGAGGCUGUUACUUCUUCAGGUGGGUAGAUGGUUAUUUUGUCGUAAAUUUUGGUUUUUGGUCAUCUUUUUGUAAAUUUGUUACCUAAAAUGAUACUUUUAUAUAAUUUGUGACCUGCAGUAUACAUUUUGGACGUAAAGGGAAAUUUUUUAGAAGUUUGUUACCUAAAAUUCCAUUUUUGUAACAAUUGUUACCUAAAAUAUAAAUUUUGGUCAUAAAUUGACAUUUUUUAUGUUGCUGUUACCUAAAAUAUCGAUUUUGAACAUAAAAUGACAUUUUUAAAGAAGUGUUACCUAAAAUGACAUUUUUCUUAAAAAAGUAUUACCUAAAAUGACGUUUUCGUAAAAUUUGUUACCUAAAAUCAAAAUUUUGGUCAUAAGUGACAUUUCAGGCCGCUACGUUCGUUUGUACGUUCAAAUGAUCCUGACUCGAAACUUGGGUUUCUACUUGAUGAACAUAAUCAUUCCAUCGAUGCUUAUUGUCAGCAUAUCAUGGGUGUCCUUCUGGCUUAAUAGAGAAGCAUCACCAGCUCGAGUGGGCUUGGGAGUGACUACUGUGUUGACAAUGACUACUUUGAUCACUACCACUAAUAAUAGCAUGCCUAAGGUUUCUUAUGUUAAGGUAAGUUUUUACCCUACCCUACCUUACCCUACCCUACCCUACGCUACCCUACCCUACCCUACCCUACCCUACCUUACACUAAACCUACCGUACUCUACCCUACCUUACCCUACCCUACCCUACCCUACCCUACCCUAUCCUACCCUACCCUACCCUACGCUACCCUACCCUACCCUACCCUACCCUACCCUACCUUACACUAAACCUACCGUACCCUACCCUACCUUACCCUACCCUACCCUACCCUACCCUAUCCUAUCCUACCCUACCCUACGCUACCCUACCCUACCCUACCCUACCCUACCCUACCUUACCCUACCCUACCCUACCCUACCCUACCCUACCCUACCCUACCUUACACUAAACCUACCGUACCCUACCCUACCUUACCCUACCCUACCCUACCCUACCCUACCCUACGCUACCCCUACCCUACCCUACCCUACCCUACCCUACCUUACCCUACCCUACCCUACCCUACCCUAUCCUACCCUACCCUACCCUACCCUACGCUACCCUACCCUACUCUACCCUACCCUACCCUACCCUACCUUACACUAAACCUACCGUACCCUACCCUACCUUACCCUACCCUACCCUACCCUACCCUAUCCUACCCUACCCUACCCUACCCUACGCUACCCUACCCUACCCUACCCUACCCUACCUUACCCUACCCUACCCUACCCUACCCUACCCUACCCUACCCUACCCUACCUUACACUAAACCUACCGUACCCUACCCUACCUUACCCUACCCUACCCUACCCUACCCUACCCUACGCUACCCUACCCUACCCUACCCUACCCUACCCUACCCUACCCUACCUUACCCUACCCUACGCUACCCUACUCUACCCUACCCUACCGUACUCUACCCUACUCUUCCUUGCCUUACAGUAUUCUAUUUGCCCUACAGUACUCAUCUUUGCCCUAGAGUAUCCUACCUUUCUCCACAGAAUUCUACUUUGCCUUACAGUACCCUACUUGCCUGCAGUCCCUAUACCUUAUCUUAAGGUACCCCUACAUUACCCUACAGUACUAAAGUUUCAAAAAUUAAAUUUCAGGGCUUGGAUGUAUUCCUGAACUUUUGUUUCAUAAUGGUAUUCGCCUCUCUGGUCGAAUAUGCAGUAGUGUCAUAUUGGAACAAACGCCAGUCUCGAAGACGACAACAACGCAAAGCCCGCGCCCAGAACAACGAACCCACCGAAAUGCCAAUGUUUACCAACUAUCCGACAACUCCAGCUGGCGGUCUGGCUGUCUCACCAAACCAAAGUUACGUCUAUCGACCGCCUGGACUGCCUAGUGUACCACCUGAUUGUGAUUGUCGGUAGGGUUUUUUUUGAGAAUUCUUGGGUAGGGCGGGGGUGGGAGAAAUUUGGACAGGCAGGGGUAGAGGAAUAUUAGUGGGAAGGGUAAGGACAUAGAGACUAGGAUUAGGGGUAGCGAAAAUUGGAAGAAUGGGGUGGAGGUAAGGGUAGUGGCUGGUAGUAGAGAAAGGAGUGGAGAUAGGGGUAGGGCAGUUGUAGGAAAAAGGGGUAGGACAGGGGUUGGAAAAAGUAAGAUAAAAGGGUGAAGGUAGGGUAGGGAUGGAAUGCGAGUAGGUUUACGGCAUGGGUGGGCAUAAAUUAGAUUAAAGGUGUUGUUUACCCUGCCUUUUCUCUUUUUAUAACACUUUUUCUUGUUCUACCCCACCUUUUGUUCUUUUAUCCUAUUAGGUGCCGACAUAAAGAACCCGCCAUACUUUUUCUGUAACUUUUUGUAAAAAAGGCGGGUUCUUUAUGUCGGCACCCAAUACCUUCUUCUUUUACCCCGUUUUCUCGCUUUUACCCUGCCGUCUUUAAUUUUACCCUACCCCUUUAACUUACUCCUCUUUUAUCCCCAACUCUUUUUACCCAGCUUUCUCAUUUCGUAUCCCUCUUUUUGCCCACCCCCUCCCCUCCUCCUUGCCUUUAAAAAACAUUUGGGUAUGGGAGCAAAAGCUUCAAAUUUCAAAAAUUUUUCAAAAUUUCAUUUAAUUUCGAAAAUUUUUUUAAAUUUUAAAAUCUUCAGCGCAAUCCCACUAGUCCAGUACGCUCAAAUGACGAAUGACAACACCUUCCACCAGACCAUACCGUUCCCGAAAAUGCGUCGAAAACGACCACUCAAGUGUCAAGUCCAGUGUUCGCCGGCCAAAAUCGACCGCUGUUCUCGAGCCAUCUUCCCCUUCACGUUCAUCAUGUUCAACGUGCUGUAUUGGACGGUGCUGCGGAAGUUGGCCGAGAAUGAUAUUGUUCGAGACUUUCAAGAGUUCAAGAACAAUGUUGACUUGUAG